AGUGGGAGUCAUGUGACCAGACGGAGGGUUGUUCUCACAGAAGGACAUCGAUAUGAACUCCCCUAACAGAACACUGUAGGUUUAUAUAAAUAUCCGGACACUCUGCCAUGUAAGGGAAACAAAUCCCUCUUAAAACAGCUGUUUAGUGUCGGUUAGUUAAAAAUGGCGUCCAAAACAACAGCAGCAGCAUGGAGGAUUUUCAGCCCUUUUACACUCCACUCUCCUUGCAGUAUAUCAGCACUGAAUAUACGGCAAUGUAGCUCCAAACUGGCAACCAAGCAGGACAAAACACCAAAGAGAUCUCCCUUCAGACCGGCGGUCAGCUCCACUCACGAUUGGAUCGGUCCUCCGAACCCUCUCUCUAACCUCCGUCCGAUCGUUUACCACAUCCCUGAGAACGAGUCAGAUCUGCAGAAACGUCUGAGACACCUGAGGCAGGAAACCGAGAACUGGAACCACGACUUCUGGACCAAACAGAACUUCAGCUUCACAAAGGAAAAAGAAGAAUUUAUCAUUUCACAACUGAAGGCAAACGGCUUGACUCCUCGUGAUGAGGAAGGUCGGCGGCGCUCCCUGGACAGUGAAGUGAUGGCCGUGUUUUACAAAGGCUUCUUGGACACAAACAGAGUACGACAUUCGAGUUAUAACAAUGAAUGGUAUCGACGUAACUUCACCAUCACCAUGCUCAUGGCCCGCGUCGCUCUGAGGAACAUCUGGAGGACUGUUGCUAAAAGAAAAGACAAGAAUAACAGCACAUCUACCACCUGAUACACAAAUAAAAUAUCUACUCACCCUCCUA